AUGGAAUUAUUCUUUCUCAAUAUAUCUUUGCAAGGUAUUUUAAAAGCUGGAGUGCCUCAUCAUCUUUUGGGUACAAUCAGCCCAGACGUUGAGUUCACCGCCAAGGAUUUUCGGGACUAUGCGAUUCCUGCUCUUGUGAGUCAAUUCCUUCUUGAUGACUCGGUAGAAGAUGUGGAUGAAAGCUGCUUAAUUGAUCAACCUGGGGAUAAACAAUCAGAUUCUGAACUGGAAGUUGAGGGAAAGAAUUUUAGUUAUAAUUUCGAUUGCCUUAAAGACCUUGAUCCAGUUGCAGCUAAUAGAAUUCAUCCAAAUGAUCAUAGAAAGAUCAAGCAAUACCUUUGUAUGUAUGCUCGCUCCGGUGUUCUUCCAAGUAAACUUCUUCAGGAGACAUCCAUGCAGGUUUGGCAGAACUGGGGUAAAGCUGAUAGUUUCAGAUACAUUUGCUGUUUUAUAUGCGUGGAUGCAUCACUCCCUGCAUUGGAUCGAUAUGUGGAGCAAAGAGUAGAUCACAUGGUUAAUGCUGGUUUGCUUAAUGAAGUCUAUGACAUCUACAACUUGAAUGCAAACUAUACUCGAGGUUUACGGCAGGCUAUUGGUGUCCGAGAAUUUGAGGAUUUUCUGAGAGUUUACACUUGUGGUGCGAACAGUACAGAUGGCUCCUGUUUUCAGAUGUCAUCAAAAGACAAUUGUAAGAUGUUGAAAGGAAAUGUGUGGGAAUUCCUGAAUGCCUCCAAGGAGAACCAACAAAAUCUUUUAUUAAAUGAUGCCAUUGACAAAGUAAAAGUGAACACUCGAAGACUUGUUCGUCGUCAAAAGAGGAGGCUUAGUAGAUUACAAACGUUGUUUGGCUGGGACAUAAAUAGUGUUGAUUCCACGGAUUCCUUAGCAGGUACAAGUAAUGAUUUAUGGGCAGCACAUGUUGUUGAGCCCUCCGUGAGAAUAAUCAAGUCAUUCCUUGAUAAGGAUGCCAGUGCAGCACUUGACUCCGUGGCCAGAAAAGGCACCCAAGCAUUGAAAUUGAUCCAAAGGGACCUGUGGACUCAAUAUGUGUGCAAGGCAUGCGGGGACAGGGUACUCAGAGGGGCGCACGAGUGGGAACAACAUAGACAGGGCCGUGGCCACCGCAAACGCAUUUCUCGGCUUAGGAAAUUGGAAGUUUCUGCUUUGUAG